AUGAGACGCCAGGUUAAGACACAUGUGCGAUAUUGUCUGUUGUGCGCAGCUUCGAAGAGAGGAGAGGCAUGGCAAGAAAAGGCGCCAUUGAAACCAAGACCUCCACAAAGGCCGUGGCAGGUCGUGAGUAUUGAUAUCAUGGGGCCGUAUGCUCAGAUGAGGAAGAAAAAUAGAUUUUUAAUUGUAUUGACUGAUGUUUGUUCAAAAUGGGUAGAAGCUAUACCUGUACCCCAAGUGAGACCUCGUAUCCUGAUCGAUUUUAUGGAGAAUAUAUGUCAACGAUGGGGAUAUCCGGAACGUGUGAUCAGCAAUAAUGGUCCAACAUUCAGGAGUAAGGUGUGGACCAAGUAUCUACAAGAGAAGUUUAUAAAUCAAUACUUCUCUCCCAUUUAUCAUCAAAGAAGUAACCCAGUGGAGAGAAGAAACCAAGAGUUAAAGAAGUUAUUACGAAUAUAUUGUCAACCAAGAGAAGAGGAUCAAUGGGAUGCAGCGUUCAACCAAGCCCUGUUUACGUUACGAAACCGUAAGAAUUCGGCUACCGGAAUGAGCCCUAGCACAGUUUUGUUGGGAGCACAAUUAGUUAGACCCGGAGAAUGGGGACACCCAGAGGUAAACCAACAAGUAGGCAAUAACCCGGCAGAACGAGGAAGAAGACUUGAUCGUGUGCGACGAAGACAAAUCAUAUUCGCUAGGAACUUAUAUCCAGAAAAUCCAAGAUCAAAAGUACAGUUUCAAGUAGGAGACCGAGUACUAGUGCGGUGCCACCCAGGAACGCAGACACCAUUGGGAUUGCCAUGGAGUGGACCGUACCGGAUAGUCAGAGUUUGUGGACUCAAUGUUUAUGAGGUAGAUCGAGGUGGAUCAAUAGUUCUACUUCAUGUGGAUGACCUAAGACCGUGGAGAGAUAGACCAGAAGAUAGAGAAUUCGAAAGAGGUCCACUUCAUAUUCCCGAAGUAGACGAAAUACCUGAUAAUGUCAUGUUAAAUCCAGACGAGGUUGAAGAGAAUAUAGCAGAACCGAUCGAACAGGAUCGACAAUCGGAAGUUUCCGAUGAUGGGACGGUAUCGGAUUGUUUCGCAUAUCCCGAUUUGGAUUCCGAGAAUGUUAUGAGAGAGAAAGAGAGAGAAGUGUAA